AUGUCGUUCCACCUCUCCAAAGAGUCGCAGACGGCGCUCCUCGCGACGACGGCCCUCGCGUCGACGACAGCAGCAGCCCUCAACCUCUCGCUCUCGCUCAUCCUGACACCGCGGCUCCUCGAGCUGCCGACACCGCUCAUGCUGCGCGCCUGGCAGAGGGCGCACGCGCGCACAGAGGCGCCGCUGCCGCUGUCGACGCUCGCGUGCGGCGCGAGCUACGCGCUGCUCGCGCACAGGACGGGCUCGCGCGCCCUCGCGGCGGCGGCGGCGCUAUGCCUGUCCGUGCUGCCGUGGACGCGGCUGCUGAUGCGCCGGCGGCUCGACGCCGAGAUUGCGCGGCUCGCUGACGAGGCCAACGCCGCGAGGGCCACGCAGGAGGUGAGCGCCGCGCAGGAGGCGAGCGCCAAGUGGCUCGUCGACCAGUGGGGGGUGUACAACCUGGGCCGGGGGGUGCCCGUGCUGGUGGCGGGGGCGAUUGGGGUGUUCAGCCUGGUGUUGUGA